AUGAUAAACGUAAACACAACGAUAUUUUCCGACAACAAUGUGCAAAAGUAUUACAACAAAAAGUGUACUGAAGAUGUUUUUUUUUUUUUUUUAUGGCUAUCUGUUGUCUUGUUCAAUUCUUAUAUUAAUUUCGUCAUCAUGUAUUGGAAAAUCAUUGGCAUCACUUACACCUCCAUGGAAGAUAAAUUCAUCACUCUGAACGGAAGCUUUAUUAACAGCAUGACCAAUAUCGCGGGGCGAUUGAUAUGGGGAUCCAUAUAUGACAAGCUACAAGUUCGCAUGACUAUAACCUUGCUAGGGCUUUGCAUAUGCUGUGCCUGUUUCCUCCUACCAGCCAUUUCGCACAUAUAUAUUUUGUACGCAUUGACGUGCGCCCUCUUUUACUUUUGCAUCGGGGGAAGCCUUGUUACCAUCCCAAUCAUCACCCUCAAAAAGUAUGGAGAAUUACACUUUCCUCUUAAUAUGUCUAUUCUGUACACCACACGCAUUGCCAACACCUUCCUCUGUAGUGUGGUCGUGCGACUCUUUUACACCAUGUUCACCCUGCGAUGUCUGAGCUCGGCUUUCGGCCUCAUUUCCCUCAUCGCCACAAUUGCAAUGUUCUUCCUUACGCAGCCGUAG